AUGGGACACAACCACCAUCUAACAAGUCAACUGAUAUCAGAAGAUAGCAACAUCAAUGCCAAUUCAGAGAAAGAGCUGGGUAAUGAGUGUUGUAAGCAGAAAAAGUUCAAUGAAGCCAUUGAUUGCUAUUCUAGAAGCAUUGCACUUUCACCAACUGCAGUCUCUUAUGGCAAUAGAGCGAUCACUUAUCUUAAAAUCAAAAGGUUUGAAGAGGCAGAGAACGACUGCACAGAGGCCUUGAAUCUGGAUGAUCGCUACAUUAAAGCUUAUUCUCGCUGUUCAACUACUAUGAAAGAACUUGGGAAAUUGAAAGAAUCAAUUGAAGGUAUAGUUAAUCUUGAAAUCAGCACAGAUGCUCAAUUUGCAUUGAGGUUGGAACCACAGAACCCACAGACAAAGAAGCAGUAUGGAGAAGUUAAGGCUCUGUAUGAGAAGAUUUUGCUUGUCACCAAAAGAGAAAAUCAAAAUAGAUCAAAAUUACAGUUAUUAGUUCGACGUCAAUUACUCUGCUAUUACAUUUCUGCUGAUAUUGCAAAUGUAAAAGCCAAAAUAUACCAUGGGCCCAACAGGCUAAAUGGUGCAUUUGGAUAUAAAUGUGAGAGAUUAGCUCUCUUCUGGAAACUGUAUCUUCCAUGA